GAUACAUCUUAAGUCAGCUCGAGUGGUUAAAUUGUUGUUUAGCUGAUCUAGUGACAACAACACACUUUAUGAACAUCAUGUCCGGUCAUGAAUUACACAGGGAAGGAAAUAAAUGAAAAUUUGAUGAACUCGAAUUAGGAAGAUAUUUUAGAAAUCACAACGUUUUUUUCUGCCAAAGAGUUCGGAACCUGUAAAUUCAGUUUAGAAUGAUAUGUUUGUUACAUAUGAGAUUUAUAUGGAUUAUUUUGUUCUUUUGGAUAUUGACGGCGUUGGCUAAAGGAAGAAAAGAGGAAGAAGACGCAUGUUCUGACUGGCAGCUUUCUGGUGGCCGUAUAGAAAAUGAGGGUUUUAUUGAGGUCACUUACCGGGACGAAAGGGUAAACUUGUGUGCGGAUACGUCACAGAACUUAGAGGAAGUGUGCGAAAAAUUAGGAAAGUCUGUGGAUGAAAGUAGAAAUGUCUUCAAUGCUGGUCGGAAAGAGAAAGCCAUUUCGUUUAUAAAUAUGGCAAAUAAAUGUGGCACAAGUGAAAAGACGAACAACACUUGUGGCGGAGAUGUGAUCAUUGACUGUUGCCAACCUGCGUGGAUCUGCUGUUUGGAUAAUGCGCAAAUUAAAACUUGCAGCGCAAACUGGAACGAAACUUUGGAUAAGCCAUGCCACCAUUCACAAGGAAAACGGUUUACUUACAGCCAGAUUCGAGCAAGAAAAAUUAGGAAGAUGAAUAACUCCAUAUCGGCAUGGACGGAGUCAGCGCUGGUUAAGCAAAUACCUGAAGAUGCUUCCAGGAAAAACUGGAAUUGCAGUCUUGGGAAAGAUAUUUUGAGACAAUGUUCGAACAAGUGUUUAAACAGCAAGAAUGUGACUAGUUUAUAUGACGGCUCAAAUGGAACGUGCUUAUGUUCUGGAAGACCACAGCAAAAUGACACAGAAUGUUACAAUGAGCUACAGAUUAUAGAUUAUACAACAAAAUCUGACACAACAGAACCUGAAGAACGACCUAUAUUAUGUAUCGCGGCAGAGAUGAUAAGCGGGACCAUAACAUUUACAGCUGAAGACUGUGAAAAAUUCUUGCAACCGCUCUGCUUGAAAGAAUUCAUCACAACAACCACAUCAUCUCCAACAACAACAUUAAUGAAGGGUGAUGAUGUCAGCCACAUUCUUACUCCAACAAUUGCUGUUUUUGGUACUGUACUAAGUUUUGUAGUCCUAGCAGUUUGUGUUUAUAAAUGCAGUAAAAAGAGCAACAAGAGAGAUCCAUUCCAUAAUAAUUCAAUGUGUAACAGGACAUACGAUCGACAGAUGCCAAAACAUGACGACGAAGAAUAUGCCAUUAUCUCAGAGAUAGAACUAGAUAGUGGUACCACUUUUUAUAAACCGAGCCUACCCGAACGCGGAAAUGACUCAUCAGGCAACACAUAUCACACUAUAGAACACGGUCGAGAUGUGUCAAACACAGCUGUAAUAACUUUAGAUGAAUAUAGCACACCCUCCGACAUGAUAACAGAUAAAUGUAAGGCUGAUCCCGCAGAUGAAUACAUGACCACAUAUGAUGACCCUAUACGGCACAACUUGCAGAACACAGCUGAAUGUAAACGUAAAAGUGAAACGAAAGACGCAAAUGGAAACCUUGCACAGGAAUCAGAUAACAUCCGUGAUAAAAGUUUUCGCGAUUCUCAUGAUGGGGAAAAUGAAAUUUCAGAGUCCUAUGAGUACAUUGUAGAUACUAAAAAAGAAACAAGUGUUAAUGAGAAAUCAUUAAACACUGUUAAAGAGCAGGGAAAGGAAGCGGAGAAUGACAAGUUCUUUGAAUCGGAGGAAAGUCAUGCAGUAGAAUGUAACUUUCCAACUCCCGCCCGAAGCGUUAUCGGAGCUACAGGCGAUAAUUAUGAAUGUUUCAUUCCCACUGUUUUACAAGGACACAGUUCUUCUGCAGAGGACAAAGACUAUGAAGAUACGAAUAUAAUUGAUGGAAAUUUUCCAUCUAGGCCGAAAGAUAUUUUUGAAGAGCAUGUUUGUCUUCAUUGUUUAAAACCAGAACAUUUGAAAAGACUGGAUAUAAAGAUCAUACCUGACAAACCAUUGGAAGAUGUUGAAAGGAGAUUGUCCGAACAACAACGCAAGACUAACUUUAGCGCUUCUGAAACAGACAUAACGUUAAGAAGAUGUUUAACUGACGUGUCACGCAAAAACAGACAAAAUGAUCUCAUUGAUUUCGUAGAAAACACUGAUCAAGAUGAAAAUAUUAGGGAAUGUAUUGUAUGUAAUAACGCUUAUGACCGCAUGGGGCGCAUUAGAGAAAAGUUAGAUACUAAAAAUGAUGUAAAUGAAUAUGAUCAUUUAAGUAAUUGGAAACAUAGAAGUGUAGAGAAGACUUUGAUGGAAAAUUCAUAGUGUUUUGGGAGAUGAAAACCGUUUUUAAUUAUUUAUUAUUGUGUUUGUUGCAAAUAAGUCCGACUUUUCAUCCGUAAUAACAUAAUUAUAACAUAAUUAAAUUGACGAGUUCAUAGACAAUUGUUAAAAGUUGAUGAAUUUAUAGAAAACAAAUUACAUGGAGAUCAUUUUCAGUGUUUGCAUGAUAUCAUUUCUAAUUACUAGUGGGCCAUACCAAACUGGAUCUAUAUUUAGCGUCCUUAUCAUUUUUGGAAGCCCACAUACUAGUCAGGAAAAGGUAGAAUUGACUUGAUACCGAUGACAAAGUCACCCCGGUAAUUAGCCGUAUGGGACUUUUAAACAAUUGUACUAGGUAAAUUUACUUAAAACUGACGUAGUGAUUCAUUAAUGAACAGAAUGGGCCAUUGUCUUUACGUUUUAUUUGUAACCACUUACGGUUUUUAAAAUUUCGAGAAAAGAUUUUUCCAGUCCUGCAGCCAAGAAAAAACAAAAUCGUUCUAACUUGAGGACGCCAAAUAUAGAUCCACUUUGUUAUGACAUAAGCUGUAUUUGUCUAAUAUGUAAAUUAUUCCGGUGUAGUAAUGAACCGUCUGUUUCUUGCAAAACUAUACAUUUUUAAGUCCACUUGAUCUUUGUCCACUUGAUCUUUGUAGAUGUGAAGUGUCAGGUAAAAUACAUAAAGAUAGGUCAUUACAAGCCGAAUAAUAAAAUGAGUGUACUGUUUUGUUGUCUUUCAAGCAACUGCACAUCGCAAAUAAACCGCAAGCUACAAACCAGAA